GGAAUAGCGCCUAAACUAAACAGUUGCAUGCUUGGUGAAGCCAUAUCUUCUGUACUAUAUACGUUUGGGAUAUGAGUAAUCAUUGAAUUAUUUGUAUUACUUGGUAAUCAACGUACGUCAUCGUAUCUCACUUGUCUUUUUUUUAUAGAUUUGUGAUUUUUGUUACAGUUCGGCCAUCAAACAUCUCCCAUCUACCUGGUUCACGUGAUUUAUUCUAAUGCCGGUUUACAAAGGUUUGAACAAUGCAAAAUAACAUUACAAAUUAAUGGGUUUUGUGAACAGUUAACGUAAAGUGGCAGAAGAAUAAGUACUCAAACGUAGAAUGUAACACUGAUGAGUGUCCCGAGUUAUUCAAGGCGUUACUUUUUUCUCUUACUGGUAUUCCUCCCGAUCGUCAAAAAGUUAUGAUGCCUGGAGGAAUACUAGGAGAUGAGAAUUAUAAUGGCAUUAAAUUGAAGGAUGGAAUUAAUAUCAUGCUUGUUGGGUCGGUCGACGAAAUACCGAUUUCCGAAACUCCUUGCUUGGAUGAUUCAAUAGUUGCUCAUUCCACGGAAGACUCUAUAAAACUACCGCCUGGCCUCGUAAAUCUUGGCAACACUUGUUAUAUGAACGCUGCUGUGCAAUUGCUUUUCUCAAUCCCAGAAUUGCGUAUAGCUUUGCAGAUAUGCCGUUUUCCCCAAACUUCACCGGAUUCUCCGAAUCUUGGUUCCUUAUGUGAAAGUUUGAAGUUUUUGUUCAAUUCCCUAAGCAAAACUGAAAAUCCGGUUACUCCUCUGCUCUUCUUGACUUGCUUGCACAGUGUUUGUCCGCAGUUCGCCGCACGUGCAUCGUCUUCUGAUGCAAGUAAAUCCUCUCCAGGUGCUCUAUCUAUGGUUUCCCGUGGCUUCGAACAACAAGAUGCUAGUGAAUGUUGGACAGAGCUAAUCAGAGCACUACAAAGUAGCAAGAUUGAUUCUCAAGUUUAUGCGUCAACAGUGAGUUUGCCUCCAAGUUUUCUUACAACUUCUCAAUGGAAUCCUGUAGAUAGAUUUCUCACUGGUCAGUUAUCCUGCAAACUUAGAUGUACUGAAUCAGAUGAACCCGAAACAGAUAGUCUAGAAACAUUUACUCAACUUUCUUGCUUCAUGCACCAAGAUGUAAAGUAUUUGAUUACUGGUAUUCGAAAUGGAUUGACGGGAAAUCUAACUAAGCAUUCAUCUUUGCUGGAUCGGAAUGCAGUAUAUAAACGCGAGUCUCUUAUUAGUCGGCUUCCAGCUUACCUAUGUAUUCAUUUUGUUCGUUUCUUCUACAAGGAAGAUAAACAGAUAAAUGCUAAGAUUUUAAAGGAUGUAAAAUUUCCACUAACAUUGGAUAUGCACGAAUUUUGUACGCCUGAAUUGCAGCGGAAAUUACUACCCAUGCGUGAAAAACAGCGCCUUAAAGAAGAUGAGGUGGCCAAUCCCUCAAGCCAAACAAAUACUUUCAAAAGUAAACCAGAUUCUGUACAACCUGACCCAUUCCAAAAUCCUGACUUGUACGAACCUAACUUUUUCGCUGAUGAUCCCGGUUCGAAUAACUCUGGGUACUACGAACUUCAAGGUGUUUUGAGUCACCAAGGUAGGACAAGUACCAGUGGGCAUUAUGUUGCUUGGGUGAAAAAACAAGGAAUGUGGUUUAAAUUUGAUGACGAUCGUGUCAGCCAGGUUACCUCAGAAGAUAUUUUGCGCUUAUCUGGAGGUGGUGAUUGGCAUUGUGCAUACAUACUGUUAUAUGGACCUCACUUCAUAAUGAAGAAUGCAUGCAACGAUCCUUCUGGAAGUACCGUAUGAAGUUCAUAAAUGCAAAACAGUCUUGUAUGAUUAUGUACGCUCUAAAUAAUUGACAAUUUCUGUUGAAUAAACCCGUUUUUUAAACGUGAAAUUUUUAAGACGCCGAUCAGCGAAGCUGUUCGUUGUUAGAGUUUGUCAUUAUUUUCUUCCCAUAAAAUUGUGAUAAUUUGUCUUAUAAAAUCACCGUGUUUGCUAGUCGUUAAUGUUUUUCAGCUCGUAUAACCAUUCCGACUUUUGAGCGACUCACUUAACUGCGAAAUUGCUUUUCUUGAUUCAGCAUUGUUUAUGUGAGUUGGAAUUCGGCCAAUAAAUUAUGCUGUUGGGUUUUUGUUAUUGUUUGUUUAUCGACUGGAAUAAGACAAACGAUGUGUCUGAUUAUAAAAUAUUCGACACCAGAUUAAUCACCACAAAGUUAGGUGGUAAAUAAUCAGUGAACAUCAUGUUCUGUCAUUAAAAAGUUA